AUCUUACAAAUAUAUGGUAGGUCAAAUCUCUCUUGUGUUACAAUGUAUUACAAAUAAAUUGUCCUACCCGAGUUGUGUAUAAGUUCGAUACCAUUGUGGUCGACUUCGCUCUGCUCCCACACAAACGACAAGAACAUGUCGACGACAAUGGAUACCGUACAGGACAGGAAGAUGGAUGUUGAAAGUCAAUUGGAUUUAAGAACGCCCGAGGAAUCGCUUCCUGCGAUUGAUCCUGGAAUGGAAAGACGGGUUGUGCGGAAAAUAGAUAGGCAUUUAUUGCCUUUGAUCAUUGGGCUAUGUACGUAUCUCUUGGAAGUCCAUUGGGUCAACGGCAUUGUACUAACAAGUGCCAAAAGAUCUCUUAGCAUAUCUUGACCGUUCGAACAUUGGCAAUGCUAAAAUCGCUGGAAUGCAGGAUGAUUUACAUCUUGAUUCCGACAGCUACGAAUGGCUCCUCACCAUAUUUUACAUUUCAUACAUUGUAUUCGAGCCAUUGGUCUUGAUGUGGAAAGUCUUACCACCACAUAUGUGGGGUGCUAUAACAGUGAUGGGAUGGGCAUUAUCUGCGACAUUGCAAACCGUCGCAUUUAAUUGGUCAGGAAUGAUGGCUGCUAGAUUUUUCCUGGGAGCUUUCGAGGCUUCCUUUGCGCCUGGCAUCACUUUCCUAUUGUCUUUCUUCUAUCUAAGAAAUGAGCUUGGACUCCGAUGCGGGUUUUAUCUCGGGGCAGCUCCUCUAGCAACGUGCUUUGCUGGCGCUCUAGCCUACGGUAUCACUUCUGGUCAUUUUCAUAGCAUUGCGGCUUGGCGUGUGCUGUUCCUUGUUGAAGGCUUGCCGGCCAUUCUUGCUGGUGUUCUUACUUGGUUUCUUAUGCCAGAUAGCCCUGAGAAAGCCAAGUUUUUGACCAAAGAAGAACUACUUGUUGCACAAGCUCGUAAAGUUCGACAAGUAGGUACAACCGAGUCUGGAAGGCCACAUGGGAUACAAUGGCUCGAAGUAAGGACCGCAUUCCUUGAUAUCAAGAAUUGGACAACGGCAUUGAUGUAUUUCUCCUGCAAUGUAUCAUUUGCUUCUCUGCCGGUCUUCUUACCGACUAUUCUUACUGCGAUGGGCUACUCAAAGGUCAAUGCUCAAGGAUUGUCCGCUCCGCCUUAUUUUCUCGCUUUUCUAGUCGUAAUUCUUACAACAUGGCUUGCGGAUAAGUAUUCUCAGCGUGGAUACACUAUCCUUGUACUAUCUCUCAUUGGAGCCGCAGGCUACAUCAUGCUUGCCGUAUCUUCCAGCACAGGAGUGCGGUAUGCUGGAGUAUUCUUGGCCGCUUCCGGUAUUUUCCCGGCUAUUGGAAAUAUCCUUCCAUGGGUGAUGAAUAAUCAGGGCAGUGAAAGUAAAAGAGGCACUGGUAUUGCCAUUUUAAAUGUCGUUGGACAAUGCGGACCUCUCCUAGGCACGAGACUGUAUCCUAGUAGCGAAGGCCCUUACUACAAGAAAGGAAUGGUAUGUUUGCACGAUCGUUUUUAUCUCCCUGAUGGAAAGUAUACUGAUCAUGGCUUUUGUAUUAGUGGGUAUGCGCUGCAUUUAUGCUCUUCAAUGGAGCACUAGCGAUGGCGCUACGUUUUCGACUUGCAUUUGAAAAUCGAAAAUUGGAUGAAAAGUAUGGAGUCCCUGGCGGUAAUGGGGGAGAUGGUAAUCUUACUGAAAAUUUAAAACAUGUGGGAAGGGAAAAUGAUGGCCCGGAUUUUAGGUAUAUUUUAUGAUUCUUGAGGAUUUUUAUAAGGAUAAAAUUGUUUAUUUAGAUUUUUGUUGAUUGUGUUGAUAUCUUAAUAAUAUGUCUAAUAAAUAUAGAA